AUGGUCGUCCUCUCGGCGAGAAGAACUACUUGUCACGCUCGAAGACAUUCCAUUUGUAGCCAUAUUCCGGGCAAUGUUGUGAAGAUCAAUGCACGCAUAGCCUUUUCUUCUAUACGACUUCAAUCCAGACGACAAGGACGAUUUAGUAGUAAAGACCAGCAGACACUAGAUGAGGUCGUGGACAAUCCAGAAGACAAGGACAAGGACAAUUUACCCCACGCAAAUGAUAUCAUUGGCCUCCAACCGGGCAUUGUGCAAACUGACCUCGGCAUGGAUGGUUCGCAGGCGCCUGUUCGGAUAGGGCGUCGGGAAUGCCAUGAUGGGAUUGAAGUUGGGCUGGCUCUUCCUCGUCUCCUGGAGUAUGCUCGAUGGGGUCGGCAAUCUCGUCGGCCGCCUGUUGAGAGGGGCCUCCUGUGGCUUGUGUCGACAAAGCUGCUUCAGCUGCUGCUCGCUUCAUCUCCUUCACCAUUUGCGUUCGGUAUAGGGCUGGAACUUGAAAUGCCUAUCCAGAAAACCCCCAGAUUUAAGUUCGAUAUAGCCGAUGCCCAUCGGACCGAUGCCCUCCUCAACAGCUACCGCAAUUUGAAGUACUUGACAAUAUCGGUCACCACAUGA